UCCUAAUGAAAAUCUAGUUAAAAGUUCUAGUGAAGAUCCAGGUGAAAGUCUCAAGAAAGUUUUAAGUAAAAAUGCCAAUAAUGGAAAUAUAAUGAAGAAAAAUAACAGCACCAAUGAUGAAGCUUCAGUAACAAUGCUCAAGAAACAAUGA